CGCUCGGCGGCGGCGGCGGGCGGUGCCGGGCGGUGCCGGGCCGAGCUGCGGCGGGCGGGGGCGCGGGAUGGAGGUGAUCAGGAGCAAUUUUAAGGAUAACCUAAACAAAGUGUAUGAGGCCAUUGAAGAGUCGGACUUCCUGGCCAUCGAUGGAGAGUUUUCAGGAAUCAGUGAUGGGCCUUCAGUUAGUGAAUUAACAAAUGGCUUUGACACUCCAGAAGAAAGGUAUCAGAAACUUAAAAAGCAUUCCAUGGAUUUUUUGCUCUUUCAGUUUGGCCUUUGCACUUUUAAAUAUGAUGACACAGAAGAAAAGUACAUAAUGAAGUCAUUUAACUUCUAUAUUUUUCCAAAACCCUUUAAUAGAAAUUCACCAGAUGUCAAGUUUGUCUGUCAGAGUUCAAGUAUAGAUUUUUUAGCAAACCAAGGAUUUGAUUUUAAUAAAGUUUUUCGCAACGGAAUUCCAUAUUUAAAUCAGGAAGAAGAGAGACAGCUAAGGGAACAGUAUGAUGAAAAACGUUCUCAAGCCAAUGGUGCAGGAUCUCUGUCAUACAUUUCUCCUAAUUCCACAAAGUGCCCUGUAACAAUUCCUGAAGAUCAGAAAAAAUUUGUUGAGAAAGUAGUGGAACAGAUAGAAGACUUAUUAAAGAAUGAAGAAAGUGAAAGUUUGGAACUGGAGCCAUGUACAGGAUUUCAAAGGAAAUUAAUUUAUCAGACCUUGAGCUGGAAAUAUCCAAAAGGUAUCCACGUGGAAACUCUAGAGUCAGAUAAGAAGGAGAGAUACAUUGCAAUUACUAAGGUAGACGAAGAGGAACGAAAAAGAAGAGAGCAGCAGAAACAAGCAAAAGAACAGGAAGAAUUGAAUGAUGCUGUAGGAUUUUCCAGAGUUGUUCAUGCCAUUGCUAAUUCUGGCAAGCUUGUUAUUGGGCACAACAUGCUGCUGGAUGUUAUGCACACCAUACAUCAGUUCUAUUGUCCCCUACCUGAUGACCUAAGUGAGUUCAAAGAAGUAACAUCAUGUGUCUUUCCCCGGUUACUGGAUACUAAACUGAUGGCAAGUACACAACCUUUUAAGGAGAUCAUUAAUAAUACAUCACUUGCAGAACUGGAAAAGCGUUUAAAAGAGGCUCCAUUCAGCCCUCCUAAAGUUGAAAGUGCAGAAGGAUUUCCAAGUUAUGAUACAGCAUCUGAACAGCUCCAUGAAGCAGGAUAUGAUGCUUACAUUACUGGACUGUGCUUCAUUUCCAUGGCUAAUUUCCUAGGUUCAUUCCUCAGUCCUCCGAAAAACCAUGUGUCUGCUAGAUCAAAACUCAUUGAACCUUUUUUUAACAAGCUAUUUCUUAUGAGAGUAAUGGACAUACCAUAUCUCAAUUUGGAAGGACCAGACUUGCAGCCCAAACGAGAUCAUGUUCUUCAUGUUACUUUUCCCAAAGAGUGGAAGACUAGUGACCUAUACCAACUUUUCAGUGCCUUUGGUAACAUUCAGGUUUCGUGGAUUGAUGACACAUCAGCCUUUGUAUCAUUGAGCCAGCCAGAGCAAGUACAAAUAGCUGUAAACACCAGCCGGUAUGCUGAAAGUUAUAGGAUCCAGACAUAUGCAGAGUAUGUGGAGAAAAAACAUGAAGAAAAACAGGCCAAGAGAAAAUGUACAGAAGAUAGUUGGAAGGAGAUGGAGAGGAAGAGGUUAAAAACCCAGUGCACACCUUAUGUUUCCCAGAGUCGAUACUACUGUGUUAACAGUUUUACAGGUACCAGCACAGUGGGAAAGAGAAGCAUGAGUCCUAUUGAGGAAGAAACUGGUUCUGAUGAUAUGGAAGAGGGAGAAGGCCAAAAUCCAGAAAAUGAUCAGACAGACUCCUGUGCAGAUUCCCUUCCAGAUGGUAAGAAGAGACCCAAAAAGUUGAAGAAGAUCAAGACAGAACAAGUUCCAGCAGCCAAGAUACUUGGACCUGAACAUCUGCCUAAAUGCAGGCAGGUUACAAUCAGAUGAUGAUGUUUCACCUUGUAAUUUUUGCUGUUUUGUGAGUUAUUGCAGCUUGUACUGCAAUAAAAAAGUAAAUAACUAACCUUAGAUCACAUGAAUUUAAACAUUAAAAGAUUUUAUUUUUAUUGAUCUGUUUCUUGUUGAUUCUGUUUCAAUGUGUAUUAGUAAUUUCUUGCAGAAAUUGGUCUGUAAUAAAAAUUAAAUCAUAUCUUAAUUUGAUCCAGAUGACCAUACCAUAUUAGUCAUCUGUAGCACUGCCUGCAUUGAAGUAUAUUCCAAUAUUCAUAAUUAAAGCUUCAUUUCAAUAACUGCACUAUAGCAGCUUUUAUCCAGAAAGUGGUAUUGUAUACCAGGCAUCCUUUUUCCUGACUUGGUAGAGUAAAAUCUUUCUUAGCUAGUUCAAAAGCUGUGCUUGGGAAUUGUUUUCUUCUUUUUAUUCAGUAGGGCAGUUGGGGCCUGCAAGCAUAUGCGAAAUGACAAGAGUGUCUACAGUGAUUCAGAGUAUAAAAAGGUUCUGUAUUUGGCAUUAUGGGAAUAUGUGUUAUUGGUAUUAGUGAUUCAUCUUUAUUCUCCAAUUAAUUUGGGAUGGAAAUACUCUUCCCUGUCUUAACACACCAAAAAAAAAUAACACUUGGGAAAAUAGUAUUUAACUUUAUCAUCCUAGUAAUUGCAAAACCAAAAUUACCUAAUUACUAGGGUUAAAAUACAGUAUUUACCAUUUUUGUAAGAAACCUGAAAUUAACCUUUAUUUUUUCCCUUUUUACAUUUUUUGUAAGUACCUAUUCAUAAAAAAGUCUCUUGGUUCCUCUAGGUAAAUAUUGACUUGCAAGUAAUGUAUCUAGAGCCUCCCUCUAUAAGAAAAUAUGUCUUAAUAUCCUGUGAAGGAACAACAACAGAAAAAAAAUCUUGACGUAAUUUUUAUUCCAUGAUUCUGUCUUCUAGGAAGCCUCACAACUAGCUCCACUGGAAUUUUUGAGGUCCCUGAAACAUGGUAGGAGACAACUGCCUUAACAAGUGGAAUUGAUUGAAAGCAGUUGAAAGAAUACACCUCUUGGAAGCCAUACUUUAUUUAAAUAAAGUGGUGUUAACAAAGCAGUAUGUGUCCUGAAAAUCAGUUUAAUUAUUUUAAACUGUUUCUUGAACAAUCACUGUCAGUUUUACUUGUGUGUAUAUCACCUAGUAUAUGACUUGUCGUUGAUCCUGUGAAACCCUUGCUGUUGUAACUGAUGUUAGGUUUAAGAAGCAAGACUCCGUGUCAUUUGGUCACCUCCUUUGGCAUGCUGGCUGUGAACUGUACAAGAACUGGCACUCUGUGAUUUUGUGCUAGGCUGUUUCCUUUGCUUGGAGAGUUACCACAGUGCUCCUAAUAUUUAGCUAUUUUUUCAGGCAGCAUCAGUAUGCUGUCAGCAUUCUGGAAAUAGGUAGAACUGCAAUUUCACAUACUGCUUUCUACCUCUUACGUUAUCUGGGAACAUUUUUUGAAUUUCUGUUUUCUACCCCCACCCCCAGUGCAGGUGGUAUUCAUCUAAAUAUCAGCCUUACACAUACCUUAUCCUUUCAAAAAACUGUAACUUUAAAGUUUCUCAAACAUUAAUUUCCUGGUGGGAGGUAGUUUUUCUUUGUUUUCACAUCUGUUGUUUCCACUUUUAAAUCCUGACUUUGUAAAAAAUGUUUUUUGGUACCUGUGAUAAACCUGCUAACUGCACCAGCCCUUUAUUUGUUUAAAAAAGGAUCUGCAUUGGUAGAUUUCAGAAAAUGUUUGAUAUUUAAAUUUUUGUAUCAUGGAAAUAAAACCAAAAUAUGUAUUUCCAUACCAUGAAAAUUAAAGACAUUUUCUUAGGAA